GCAGAAGCUUUAUCGUGAAUAUUCUCAGCAGUUUCUGACUUUGUUUCUGGAGUGGGAUAUAAGCGUGCAGGAAACCAAGGAGGAAGAAGAAAAACUAGCUAAUUUGUUUCGUGAGCAACAAAAGAUUUUUCAAGCAGAAAGAAUUGUUCAGAGCCAGAGACUGAAAAAAAUUGUAAACUUAUAUGACCAGAUUUUAAAGUGUAUGGAGGUGUUAGAAAAGGAUCAUGAGCAUUUUCUGAGUGAUGAGCAAAGUGAAAUUAGACAAGAAAUGGCCAUUCUGCAAGACAAAAUUAUCGUUGAAGCUCUGCAUAAUGAACUGCAAAUGCUUCAAAAGUUUUUUCUGUCCCUGUUAUUCUGA